UUUUAUACUGUGAAAUACUGUGAAAAAUAAGGUGAACAAUGUCGGAGUCCGUAGUUGCAGCAUCCGCAUCCCCUGUGGCAGCACCACCAGCCGCAGCAGAGAAGAAGGUGGCCACCAAAAAGGCGGCAACAGCAUCCGCAUCGAAGGCAAAAAAGACGACAGCUCCACCAUUACAUCCUCCAACUCAGAUAAUGGUGGACGCAUCGAUCCUGAACUUGAAGGAACGUGGUGGUUCAUCGCUCAUGGCAAUCAAGAAAUAUAUCAGUGCCACAUACAAAUGCGAUGCCCAGAAGCUAGCACCAUUCAUCAAGAAGUACUUGAAGAAUGCGGUUGCCAAUGGAAAACUGAUCCAAGCAAAAGGCAAGGGUGCAUCUGGUUCAUUUAAAUUGUCUGCAUCUGCCAAAAAAGAGCCCAAGCCAAAAGCUGCCGCAUCCUCUGUAGAGAAGAAAACUAAGAAGGUGGCUGCCACAACUGCAUCAGCAGCAGCUAAGAAGAAGAAAACUGCUAGCCCCAAGAAAGCAACUGGAUCCGCUGAUAAGAAAUCAUCAAAGGCUGUAGCUGUAGCAACCAAAAAGACCGCUGAGAAAAAGAAAGCGGAGAAGGCCAAGGCUAAGGAUGCGAAGAAAACUGGUACCGUCAAGGCGAAACCUACAACAGCAAAGGCCAAGUCGAGUGCAGCAAAGCCAAAGGCACCAAAGCCCAAGACCACAAGUGCUAAGCCUAAGCCUAAAAAGGCAGCGUCGGCUUCAGCGCCAAAGAAAGCUGCUUCUGCUGUCAAGAAGCCAAAAGCAGCCAAGAAAUAAGAGCCCUAAGACUAUUAGUGCGCAAAUUUCAAAGUUAUGAGAUUUGUUUUUUAUCAAAGCCCUUUUCAGG